AUGGGACACACGUACUUGAAAUGUUGCAAUACAGAGUUCUUCAUCUAUAUCGCAGCAGUUGUGUUUCUAGUCUUGUGUGCUGGUCUCAUGUCUGGCCUCACGUUAGGACUCAUGUCUAUGAGCGUCAUUGAUCUUGAAGUUCUUGCAAAAUCUGGAACGCCCAAAGACCGUCUCCAUGCUUCAAAGAUCUUGCCCAUUGUGAAGCAACAACAUCUAUUGCUAUGUACGCUUCUGAUUAGCAACGCUACUGCUAUGGAGGCACUUCCUGUUUUUCUGGACGAAUUAGUGCCAGAUUGGGGAGCAAUUCUUCUUUCAGUAACAUUGAUACUCCUCUUUGGUGAGAUUAUACCACAAUCUCUCUGUACAAGGUACAGGUUAGCCAUUGGUGCAACUGUUGCUCCACUUGUUCGAGUUCUUAUUUGGUUUUGGUUUCCAAUAGCCUAUCCAAUAAGCAAGAUCUUAGACUACCUGUUGGGGAAAAGGCAUAAGGCUCUAUUUCGAAGAGCUGAAUUGAUGACAUUAGUUGACAUGCACGGUAAUAAGGCCGGAAAAGGAGGAGAAUUAUCCCUUCACGAGACAAAUAUAAUUGCAGGAGCACUUGAGCUCACUGAGAAGACUGCAAGGGAUGCCAUGACUCCUAUAUCUGAAACUUUUGCUAUUGAUGUCAAUGCCAAUCUUGACAGGGUUCUGAUAAAUUUGAUCAUGGAGAAGGGACAUAGCAGGGUUCCAGUGUACAACGAACAUCGAGCAAACAUAAUUGGACUUGUCCUGGUGAAGAAUUUGGUGACGAUUAAUCCAAGUGAUAAUGUGCCCGUGAAGAAUGUAACAAUACGGCGUAUCCCAAGGUAGUUUAGCUGGAAACA